CCUCUUGUAGUUGCAUGGUUCCAGCCGGUUGGGUGUUAAGCAAGCACCGGUCUCAUCAUGUCGAGGCACCUUCGGUUCGUUUCGCGGACACUGAUGGUCAAAGACGGCGACGUUGAGUGGGCGUACAAGACUUUAACCAGGCUCCUGAGUAAGGAUGGGAUUAUUGAAACAGUGAAUCGCAAGCGCUUCUUCGAGAAGCCCUGCGUCGAGCGUCGGCGAAAGAACUAUGAGAGCUGCAGGCGGAUCUACCAAACAGAAAUGCACAGGAAAGUUGCCUUUGUCUCCAUGAAAAACAGAGAAGAUCCCUGGCUUGGCUGCUAGUGAAAUGGAGUAUGAUGAAUCAUGACGUUAUCUAUGGACGUGUUGCGCAAAGUGGAAGAAGCAAUCGAAGACCAACACAAUGUCACUCUGAUCUAAAUGGAUUUGAAAAUACUGAGAGAAGUGUCUUUCAUUGUUUAAAAGUCAAAGAAAGAAAACGUUUGAAGACGUGAAUUCAUUGUCAAGUCAACUUUGGAGUUAUUUUUCUCCACAAAAUGUUUCAUUAAAAGUGCAGUGGUGUACUUCUUGGUUGUAAUGAGCCGGUUAUUGACAAUUUAUGACAUUCUGUGUUUUGAAUCUUCCCACACAAUCUUGCUAAUAAAAAAGCUAAUAAAUA